CUGCUUUUUGUUCGCUAGUUCACUGUCAUUAGCAAGUCUGUUCAUUCCGUAUUAUUGCGGAAAUGAGUAUUAUUGAUCUUCCGCCAGAGUUGGUAUUGAAGAUUCUAGGACAUGCCUCUGUUGCGGAGAUACUCCAUUUCACGCGUACAUGCUCGUAUCUCAGAGGAAUAUCACUAUGCAACAGGCAGAUAUGGAAGAAUGCUCGCGACAGUCACAUCAUCCCCCUUCCCCCGGGAAACACUUUGGAUACCGUUGACUUGUCGUUGUGUCCCUUCUAUGCGUCACGAGCAGUCUCUCUAUCUGUCAAGUGGAGAUCUUUCACCUCCGUUCCUCCCCUGAGAUGUUCAGAGGCUCGACAUCUUUAUCAUCUUCCUUCGUGGGAACCUUGGAUACCUCAAGGCCCGGUGACCAUUUCACCAACAGUUUGUUAUAUCCUUCCUGGAGGUCGGUACGCCCUCCUUGGACGGCUCAGUAAAAUGAGAGAUGUCCCAACCAAUGUCGGUAUCUAUGACCUGAAGACUGCCCAUGGUCAUCUGUUGGAUUAUCCGGGGCGCUUGGACUCCCUUGACUGGGUUAGCACUGAUAAUGGUGCACAUAUAACGAUAAGCAUCCUCUUGACAAUCGUUGAACCUGGUCAAACUGGGGCUGACGAGGUGCAUAGGCAUCUGAGAAUAUUCUCUAUCGACUGUUCGACUGCCUUGAGCCAAGACGAUGCACCUCCCCAAAUCGUGAAAACCGGAGAUAUCCGUCUCCCUCCAGCCAGCUUUGCCAGAUCCGUCAUUCUGCGGGAUUCUGUAGCCUGCCUUCACGGGGGCGGUGAGCUCUUCUUUAUCGAUAUCAACCUCAAGUCAGGCAUCUGCGUAUCACCUCGCCCAGACCGUGCAAAUAACGGUAAUGUCCCGUCGACCGACAUGGGUUUCGACAUCGAUGACAUUUUCCUUCAUCCACGUCGUCAGUGUGUGCUAAUUCUGGCAUUGCGUCGCGUCUUCAUCCAAGAUCUGUCAUGGAACGCCUCUCUCUUUUUGGAGGUUUAUGAUACAUCGUCUCUGGAGAUGCCGGCUAUAGAAGGAGAGUGGACUUUCAGGACUUUGAAAACCACAACAGUUGCCUCCCUUAACCUCGUGGACAUUCUGUGGAAAGAUCAUCAGAUGAUCCGGCUCAUCGAUUCCAACAUCACUGCGUUCGAGGUGUUCUCUCGAGCCGUUGAACGAAACGAGAACGAAUACGAUGAAGUAGACGAUGAAAUCAAGCUUAUGCUUCAUACCUAUCUCAUUGACGAGGAAAGCUGGUCAUUAGUCCCUGAUAAACCCAGUAUAUCCAUACUGGCCGAGGGGACCUUCACCUAUCGACUCAUCAUCUCGAAAGCCCCCUCGGGGCAAUCCGCUAUGUUCAUGAAUCUGUAUGCGGAAAAGCAUCGGGUGUAUAUUCUCUAUUCCCUGGCAAUGGGAGACGGUCCCAUCGAUGGUUUGAGAAGUCUGCAGCUCCCCGACGGCAUUCGCUUGACGUCGUUAGCAUUAGCAUUCGAUGAUGUUUCUGGGACAUUGCUUACUUAUGCAAGAGGUCAUUUGCUGAGUAUUCAGUAUUAACUUGAAAAGGCACAAUCUCUAGUAUCCUAGGGCCUAAUGAGUACCUUGUAUAUUCCUUUUCAAAACACAGCGAACUAUGUAUUCGAAAGAUGUCGUGAGCAGCGUAGUACUUAUACACAUAAAGAAUUUC